CCACCAUACAUCUUACACCAUUCAUCCCUUCUCUAAUUUCCAAGCAAACCAAUAUUUCUUUAUCUUUCCACUCAUGAAGAAAAAAAACAUGUACCACAUUCACCAAUAAAUAAACAUAAACAACAAAAAUGUUAGCCUCUGCUAGCUUAGGUUGUAGAACACCAACAUGCUGCAAUGUUCAUCAACAAACAAGGAACAACUUCAUGGCUAAAACACAGAACAAUAAUGACAAAUUGAUGAUGGCGGAUUGGAGAGGAAAACAAUGUAACAGUAAGAAAAGUAGUAGGGUAGUGAAAUGCGGUGGUGGAAUUGGGUUGGGAGAUUUCAUUGGAGGUGAUUUGGUUAAAUUGGAUAUUGGACGUUGGCUUUCAGAUGUUGAGGAGCAUAAAGCACUUGCAAUAUAUACUCCUCAUGAAGGUGGUUAUGAAGGACGUUACUUGUCACGUCUUCAACGUCAAGGUUACUAUUUUCUUGACCUUACUGCCCGGGGUCUUGGUGAUCCUGAAACCACUCUCACCAAGGUUCACCCCGUUUGUCCUCCUCAUUUAGGAAAACAACCGAUAGCAAGGUGGUAUUUUCCGCCGGAAGUUGAUUACAGAUUGGAAGCAUUACCACCAAAUGCCAAAGGAUUGGUGGUGUGGAUCAUUGAAGCCAAGGUUCUCUCCAAGGCAGAAUUGCAAUUCCUUGCUUUGCUACCUACACUAAGGCCUAAUGUGAGAGUCAUUGCUGAAUGUGGAAAUUGGAGAAAGUUUAUGUGGAAGCCACUGAGUGAAAUUGCUGGACUAACCACUAGUCAAGAAGCUUGAAGAUAUAAGGAUAAAGGAUGUUCAUUGUAAAUAGUUACAUCUGUCACAACCAUGAGUGAUAUAUAUGUAGAUUCUCAAGGUUUAAUUUUGUUAUGGCAUGCACAAACAUUGUAAGCAAAGAUGAUAUUAAGGAAUUCUACUUCUUCAAAAGUUUUGUAACAAA